AAACUGAGGAAUCCGAAUCUCAUUUAGCCUAAUCCAAUCCCAUUUUAAUAGAAACCGAAACCGAUUAUUAAAAAUUUCCAAAGCUAGGAACAAAAACCCGUAACCGGGUACGACUCCUAGAAAUAUGGUUUUGAGUAUAUUGGCAACACAAAAUGGUUUAAUAAAUUUGUCAUGGUUCAAAUCCAAUAAAUAAUCUGGCAGUCUCUUAGUGGAGGUGGAGGUGGUCGGAGGUAAUGGUGGUAGAAGAUAGUGGUGGCUUGCGGUGAUGAUGGUGGCAGUGGAGGAGAAGGAGGUGGAGGUGGUGAUGGUGCCACAUAAAUAGCCAAGUCAACAAAUGACAAAGUUGUGUCCACGUCAUCAGCCACGUCAGCAAAAAAAAAAAACUAACUGGGUUAUAACCCAGUUAGCAAAGGAUCAUUGGGGGCCAAAAUCUUACAAGUUGGGAUUGUCACAUGGAAUUUUUGAAGUUGGGAUUAUUAGUGGCCAACGAGUGAAACUUCGGAUUAUUAAAAUCCAAUAACCCUUUUUUUUGAACUUCAGUUACCUCUUAUAUAUUUAUUUCGAGUAGGCUUGUUUAUGGAGCGUUUUUAACAAAAGUUCCGAGCUGGGUUGGUUGGGUAUGCCGGACCAAGUGACCAACUAAAUCAUAACUUGCAUCACGAUGAUUCAGAUUAUGUAUUGAAACAACUGAUUCUUAAAAGCGAGAGACGGUUAAUCAUUUAUUAAUUUCGUGAAAAUAACGUUAAAAAGCGAGUGACAGUUAAUCAUGCCCUAAUCGGCUUUUGUCCCAAUUGCUGAGUGUUAUGUGCCUUAUGUCUAAGGCUUUAUGCAAAACUAAUAUCGAGUCGGAAGGUCACUGGAAACAACCUCUCUAUUCAUACGGGGUAGAGGUAAAGCUAUCUACAUCUUACUCUUCUAAGAUCCUACCUUAGAUUUGCUAUUAGUGGGAUUUACUGAGUAUGAGGAUGAUGAGGACGCUUCUAACCUUUAACUUUAAUGGAGUCUACAUACGACCCCUAAAAGCUAAUAAUUUUUUUAUAAACGAUUCACACUUAUACUCCUAAUUUGUAUACGAAAGUUUAAUAAUAAUUCUUUUCCUAUAAGCGAUCUACAGUACGACCCUCAAACUUCAAUGGAGUUAUAAUAGGACCCUUGAAGUUUAAUAAAGUUAUUUUUCUUAUUUCUUUAAUAAAUAUUUGUUCUUUUAUCUUUUUUUAAUUGUUACUUAUUUAAUAUUUAACUCUAGACAUGUUUACUUAACCAUGCUAAUUGUUCGGUCGUUAAAUUCUAUAAUAUAUCUCGUUAACAUCCUCCUUCAAAAAACCAAAUGAUAAAAGUAAAUAACAUUUUUAACCCAAUCCUGUUUAGUUCCAUUGUCGUCGUAUGUUUCCGUUAAAGUCCCUUUUGUUUUUGGCUUUGGUUUCUUCCUUUCAUCCGAAUUGCAUUGCAUUUGCAUGUAUUCAAUAACAGGAAGGAAGAGAUUUGAAAAAUCCAAAUGGGUGUGAAUGGAAGAGGAGUUGUUUUGGUAAUAAUUGGGUUUGUUGUUUUGGCAUCAUCAUCAUCAUCAGGCAAUGUAAGGCGGGAAUGUUGUGUGCAUAUGGUGUUAAAUAUGGUGACGGGAGUUCAACCACUGGUUAUUUCGUCAAUGACAAUGUACAAAUUGCCCAAGUUUCUGGAAACCGUCAAACUACACCUAUGAGUGGGAAUGUAAUUUUGGGAUGUGGGGCUAAGCAAUCCGGGCAGCUAGGUUCGUCAGACCAAGCACUCGAUGGGAUUCUUGGGUUCGGGCAGUCGAAUACAUCGAUGCUUCGGCUAAAAAGGUGCGAAAAAUGUUUUCACAUUGUUUGGAUGGUAGAGGAGGAGGUGGCAUUUUUGCUAUUGGAGAGGUGGUGCAUCCAAAGAUAAAAACAACACCACUAAUAGAUGAUCAGACACAUUAUAAUAUUGUACUGAAGUCUAUUGAUGUGAAUGGUGAGGAUAUAAAACUUCCAACAAGUAUACUUGACUUUAUAAAGAAGCAAGCAGUUGUAGUUGAUAGCGGUACGACUUUGGCUUAUUUUCCUGAUGAGGUUUACAACCAAGUCCAACUAAUGGAAAAGAUCAUGGCUGCACAACCCGGAAAGAAGCCGCAUGUAGUUGAGAAUAUGUUUAAAUCCUACAAGUACUCGGGGAACAUCGAUGAUGGUUUUCCGGUUGUCAAUUUACACUUUGCAAAUUCACUUUCAUUGAAAGUUUUACCCCAUCAAUAUUUCUUCCAAGUUGAGGAUGAUGAAUGGUGCAUCGGUUUUCAGAACAGUAACCUUAAAGAAAUAAACUUUGUUAGGAGAUAUUGUUCUAUCAGAUAAGUUGGUUACAUACGAUAUGGAGAAAAAAGUAAUCGGAUGGACUGAUUAUGAGUGUAAGUACAAUGUUUUGGCUGACCAUCUAAUAAGAUAGGUUGAUAAGGCCAACCCGUUUAAACCCAUUUAUAAAACAUGUUUACAACCCACCAACCCGUUUACAACUUGAUUACAAACCAUCAACCUGCUUGGCUCGUUUAGAUAAAUGGGCUCACAGAUUGUGUUCGGGUUACAUGUUUUUAAGUGUGUAUGGGUUGGGCUGGUUUCUUCGAGGCAAAUAAAUAUAUAGGUCGUAUUGGUUCAUCAAUUCUACCAGCCAACCCGACAUAAUUGACACCCCUAGUAUCUAGUAGCCGAAGAAAGCUGAUUAUUUAAUCAUCAUUUUUUAAUGAAAUCUGUUCCAACACUACGGUGUGUCAAUUUGGAAUCAUUGGGCAGCAGUUAAACGAAUUCUUAGAUAUCUUCAUGGUACAAGUAGUCAUGGCCUUUUGAUAUCCCGAUCUUCGUCUUCCACCUUACAUGCUUAUACAGAUGCCGCAUUUAAUUCCUUGAGUGCCUUCUCUGAUGCUGCUGAUGCUGAUUGGACAACUUGCCCAGAUGACCGUCGAUCCAGGGGGGUAUGCAAUAUAUCUUGGAUCAAAUUUAGUUUCAUGGUCUGCACGAAAGCAGAAAACUGUAUCAUGGUCCUCUACGGAGUCUGAAUACAAGGCACUAGCAGAUACGGUCGCAGAAUUGACUUGGCUCGAGACUUUGCUUUCGCGAACUUCGUGUUUUAGUGAAAUCUGUUCCGACACUAUGGUGUGACAAUUUGGGGGCUACAUAUCUAUCUGCUAAUCUAGUGUUUCACGAGCGUACAAAGCACGUAGAAGUUGACUUUCACUUUGUUAGAGAAAAGGUUGCUCAAAGGAAAUUAUCGGUUCCGUUUAUUUCAACGAAUGAUCAGAUAGCCGACGUCUUUACCAAGCCUCUAUCAACUCAACGAUUUCUCAUAUUGAAGUCCAAGUUAAGAGUCGAUGCCCGACCUUAGCUUGAGGGGGAAUAUUAGACGAUAUAUUAUAUAUAAUAUAGUUAGAGUGCCCUUGAUGUAAUUAUAUUAUCUAUAUAUGCAUUGUAAUUACCUAAAUUGUAACAUACAACAAUACGUUCUUUUUACCAAAGCUAACUAUUUUUUAAUAAGCAAUUU